CAGAAAAGAAGAGAGAGAAUGAAAUCUAUCUAUCUUCUUAUCCGGAUGGUGAGAGGCCAAUAGGAAGCAUGCCAGCUGCCAUAAGUACAGAAUUAAACACAAAGAAGAAAUAAAGUUGAGCUGAGGAUUAACCCAAACACUACCAUGGCUUCAACACUCGGCACUUGUUCAAUUGCGCUUCUUCCUUCACGCUAUCAUGCUUCUUCCAACCCUCUCAUUCACACACUCUCUCUAACCUCAGGGAAAAAGUUUUAUGGAGGAAUUGGAAUUAAUGGCACAAAGGGAAGGUCUAGGUUCCCUGUUGUCAGUGUUGCAACUGAACUUAACUCUGUAGAACAGGCUGUGAAUACUAUUUCAAAAGAAAGCCAAAGGCCAGUGUACCCUUUUUCUGCUAUAGUUGGACAGGAUGAGAUGAAGCUUUGUCUUCUCCUUAACGUGAUCGAUCCCAAGAUUGGAGGCGUGAUGAUAAUGGGGGAUAGAGGAACAGGAAAAUCCACAACAGUUAGGUCGCUGGUCGAUUUACUUCCCGAAAUUAAGGUUGUUGCUGGUGAUCCAUAUAACUCAGACCCAGAAGAUCCAGAGGUCAUGGGAAUCGAAGUGAGAGAGCAAGUAAUAAAAGGGGAGCAACUUUCCAUUGUGUUUAGCAAAAUCAACAUGGUUGAUUUGCCAUUAGGAGCCACAGAAGAUAGGGUUUGUGGAACAAUUGAUAUCGAAAAAGCUCUCACUGAGGGUGUCAAGGCAUUUGAGCCUGGACUACUAGCUAAAGCUAAUAGGGGAAUCUUAUAUGUUGAUGAAGUUAAUCUUUUGGAUGAUCAUUUAGUUGAUGUGUUGUUGGAUUCUGCUGCAUCAGGCUGGAACACGGUCGAGAGGGAGGGUAUUUCUAUCUCUCAUCCUGCUCGGUUUAUUCUAAUCGGUUCGGGAAAUCCUGAAGAAGGCGAGCUGAGGCCACAGCUUCUCGAUAGAUUUGGAAUGCAUGCUCAAGUAGGGACUGUUCGGGAUGCUGAGCUUAGAGUGAAGAUUGUAGAGGAGAGAAGUAGAUUUGACAUGAAUCCAAAGGAGUUUCGAAGUUCUUACAUAACCGAGCAGGAGAAGCUGACGGAACAAAUUACCUUGGCAAGGAGUGUACUUUCUUCUGUUCAAAUUGAUCAAGAUCUCAAGGUGAAAAUCUCAAGGGUGUGUGCAGAGUUGAAUGUGGAUGGGUUGAGAGGAGACAUAGUAACAAAUAGAGCUGCCAAAGCUUUGGCUGCUCUGAAAGGAAGAGACAAUGUAAGUAUAGAGGAUAUUGCUACUGUCAUCCCUAACUGUUUGAGACACCGUCUUAGAAAGGAUCCUUUGGAGUCAAUAGACUCAGGUUUACUUGUCACAGAGAAAUUUUAUGAAAUAUUCAGCUGAAUGUGAUAGAUAGAUAUAACAGUAUGUCUGCUGUGGUAUUUGUUUAGCAUCAACUUCAUCGUUUAGAAUUUAACAUUUUCUAUGGCGGAUUUUAUUGUCUUUAAACAUGAGUAAGAUUCAUAAGUUCCUAGUAUACAGGAAAUUCCAAGCCUUUACAUGCAACAAUCUCUCUGUAUCUUCUUUAAUUAUAGCCUAUUAGCUGUACUUUCUGUAAGUGAUGCCUUGGAAAAAGUUGAACAAU